UCAGACGUAGUGAGCUGCACUGUAGAGAGAGUACUGAAAAUACCCAAUACAGCUAAUUUAUAAAGACAUUUUGUUUUUGACAGUAUGCUAAAAUAUGUCUCAGCAAGAGCAGUCCGGCACUCUCAGGCCUCUUAGUGAUGAGAACGCAGCCCACCACCAAGAAAACGAGGUCCUAUUCAGAAAGAACAGGGACCUCCAAAGACAGAACGGGGAACUCUGUGAAAACAUCCAGGGCCUUCGUGAGGAGUUCCAGUACUCCAGAAAAAGCAAUAGCAUGGCUCUCCAAAUACAGAACGAGGUGUUAUGCACUGAAAAUGCCACCCUACGCAAAGACGCUGACAUCCUGCGCAGUGAAACAAAGGCUCUGUGCAACAAAAUUGAGGAAACCUGCAAUGAGAACAGAGAGGCGCAGGCUAAGUUAAAGGACUUGGAAAUUGAGAACACGACUCUACACCAAAAAUUAGAAGAACAGCACCUGAACAUGCCUCUUCAAAAAGAAGUUCAACGGCUAAAUAGAAGUCUGACAGAACAGGAAGUUGUUCAUCUAUUGGAGCAAGAAAACCAGUCAUUGGGACAAGAACUACUUAGCUUGAAACAGGACAUUCAAAAGAUGACCCAAAGGUUUCAACAUGAAAAGGAUUCAAUGGCACAAGAACACCAGGCUUUGAAAAGAGACCUACAGGAGGCCAAAGACGUUGCGCACAAUUAUAACAUGAUGACACAGGAAAAUGAGUUUAUAAACCAAGAAAAUCAUGCCCUGAAACAGGAAGUCAAGGCGCUGGAAAGAAAGUUGGGCAAAGGAGAAGAGGCCAUCCUUGAAAAGAAUGACGCUAUUCUCAAACAGGCUCAGGAGCACAGAAGGGUUCUACAAGAACUCAAAGGCUUUGUACACAACUAUGAUGUAAUGAGCCAAUUAAUCAAGACCCUGAAAGAAGACAUCCAGGAGCUUACCAACAAGGUGCGUGAUGGAGAAGAGGCCAUGAGAUGUGACCAUGAGACUCUGCAACGAGAAGUGCAGGAGUUAAAAGACAUUCAGCAAGAACUUAAGGUUUUUGAGCUCAAGUAUUAUACACUGAAAGAGGACAAUGAGUCCACAUGCAAACAAAAGAACAACCUGGAACAAGAACUUCAGGAGGUCAAGAACACGCUCAGACUAGAGACAGACUUGUGGGCUCGGGAGCAGCUCAAUGCUUCUCAGAGGGAGAAAUCGCUUUGUGAGGAAGUGCAGACGCUCCAGACUUAUCUGAAGUUAAAGAUGGAGAAAAUUGAGGACAUGCAGAGAGAAAUCGAGUCCCUUACUGAGAGUCCUGAGGUGCAAGCCUUUAAAGUCAAGACCAUUGCUGAUCAGAUCAAUGCAGAGCAUGUGGGAAAAAACCCAACGCACUAG